CAUUAUUCCUUUCCAUAAAACAGCAUGCCGCUAUUUAAGGACAUAUCUAACACGCCUGUGUUUUGCUGUUUACGAUAACUGCAAUCAAAACACCCCCUGUUUGCUCCUCCAAUGGUUUGUUCCAGAGAGGAUGGACCAGCUAGAGCAGCAGGAGAGAGAAGUAAGAGCCCUGUGUUCGGCGUGGAGCUGCUGCUUCCUGCGCUGUGCUGACUGCUGCUCCAGGAAGGUGAUUGCUCCAGAUUUACUAUUUCCACACUGGGUAUGUGCAAAGACUGGGUGUGACAGCCAAUGUUUAUUUCCUAGCCUCUCACGCUGUUAGAAUGCUAAAGAAAAGCUGAGUGUUCUAACAAGUUACAUUGUAUUUCACUGGUGCAGUUGUUGAGCUCUGUUCUUUGCCUAAUUCUCAUGUAAAAGUCAGGAAUGUGCUGUUUUUUUCUACUUUAUUUCUUCUUGUACCCUCAUUUGAGCAGGGAGCUCUUCACCUCUAAAUAUCAUUUUUAUAUAAAAGAGCAGCAGGAUAUAUUGGCGCCUAUAUAAAUGCUAUCAUACACAGUACCAGUUCUUCACAGUGAGGGAGUGCUCUCUCUGCCUUGUGAUAGUAAGAUGUGUACUUCACUCCUGCUGUGUGAGACCCACUAUGGCAUGUUAACUGGUGUGGGGGGGGGGGGAGGGGUAUUCCUUGGGAGAUGAUCAAAGGCGUGGAUAAUGUAACAUGAAGCCUGAAUUAACCUGAUGACAAAGGCGGUGAGGGAGUCAAGGAAAAGCCAAAGAAGAAUGACAAAUGUUUUUCUGGGGGAGGGAUUGCAAAGCUUGGAUGAAGGAGUAUUUUAUCAAUUUUUAUUUUUAGUUCUCACCUUUCUUCAUCUUUCCUCUCUUUUUUUUUUGUUUUAGGCAUUUGUAAAAGAAAAGUGAUUUUUUUUUUAAAUAGAAGUGGAUCUGGAGGAAAAGACUAAAAGAAAAAAAAAAAGAGUGAAGUGGUUGAUGCUUUCUUCACACGAGGCUUCAACUUCAAAAACGUGUUUGGACACAUUUGCCGGGAAAAGUUCUGUGGUUAGCAUACUGCUACUAUCUUGACUGGUUAAUCUACUUUUGCUCCAGAAUUUUUUUUAAAAAAUAAUUCAGUGUGAAAGCCCCAAAAGCCCUGGGUGUGAAUUUUAAGGGCAAAGUCAGGGGAGAUGAUUUCCUCUGAUCUGUUUAAUGUCCUGCGACUCUGGAGGAGGGACAGGAGGGGACCUGGAUUGGGUGGAGAUGGAAAAAGUAAAAGAGGUGCCCUGCUGGUUCUUGUUUUGGUCCAGACUUUUGGCUCAGCUUGGUCCCAGCAACAGUCCACCUGCCCUACUUCCUGUGAAUGUUCUGAGGCUGCCACGACUGUAAAAUGUGUGAACAAGAAUCUUGUAGAGUUGCCCCAAAAUAUUCCCUCUUACGUGAAGAAUCUCUUUAUUACAGGCAACAACAUAAAACGCCUACAAAAAGAGGCAUUCAUGCAACCACAGCCUCUACUCGAUCUAACCAACCUUAAUCUCAGUGGGAACCACUUCCAAGAAUUGGGUAAUAAUGUGUUCAGCAACCUACUCAGUCUGAGACAUCUUGAUCUCAGCCACAAUAUGUUGGAGAGAAUGAGCAACUUUUCAUUUCAAUGGGGAGAGCAUCGCAGCAACCCUCUGCAAGAACUGAACCUCAGCAAUUCCUUUAGCAAUGAAACGUUAAUCUCUCAGUUCCAGGCAUCCAUGCAGAAUGGAGCUUUAAACAACCUCCGCAGACUGGACCUGAGUGGGAACAAUAUAUUCUAUAUGCCUGUGGGCACGUUCAGUUCAUUGCCCAGCCUUAAACAUCUUGACCUGAGUAACAAUUCCCUGGUGAGUUUGCAGCCAGGGAUUUUUACAAACCUGAGCCAGCUCCAGACUCUGGAUCUUAGCAACAAUGCUCUGAAGUGCCUGAAAAACUCCACGCUUUUUGAUCUUCCUAACCAACCAGGCUUGUUAAUCAACCUCAACAACAACAGCUGGGUAUGUGACUGCCAGAUUGAGGAUUUUGCCAGAUGGCUAAAUAAGACUACAAUAGUGGAGGGAGCAUCCAGCCUCUUAUGUUCCUUUCCGGACAAGAUGAGAGACACACCGAUUGUUGAGCUUAAAUUCGCAGAAGUUGAAUGUGUAUCCGUUGAUGACAACAACAGCCUGCAGACCUCCUAUGUUUUCCUGGGCAUCGUUCUAGCUCUUAUUGGUGUAAUCUUCCUGCUAGUUUUAUAUUUGAACAGGAAAGGCAUCAAAAAGUGGAUGUACAACAUUAGAGAUGCUUGCAGGGAUCACAUGGAGGGGUACCAUUACAGAUAUGAGAUCAAUGCAGACCCCCGGUUAACAAACUUGAGUACAAACUCAGAUGUAUAAAAAGGCGAACAUAAACUCUGUUAUGAUAAACAAAAAAAACUUAUUUUCAAACAAGAGUAACACUUACACUAACUAUGCAUGAACCUUGUGUAUAGACAAUGCAUCAAACCCUGUUUUUGCUCUCCUCUCUCCCUGCUGGAACACAAAAAAAUGACACCAUGCAGGGCUUUUGAAUGCCUCUUUUUGACUGAAGUUUAUUGCUGCAUUCUAACUUUGUACUAUAGAAGCUAAAUCUCGUCGCAUGCUGAAUAUCCAUACACAAGAGACUUGACUCAUUCUUUGCUUUUCUUAUGUUGUGGGAUUAAUCCCUGGGGAAGGGAUUUCAAAAGACAAAAAAAAUAGUACAGGAGUUUUUUUUUUUCUUUGAGGUUUUUUUUUUCUAUCUGAUUCACAUUUAAAUUGGCUAGUACAAGCCAUUGCCAACUCAGACUCCAUUCAACGACAACUGCCUCAAAUAGUUUAAAAAAAUAAAAUUGCAUUUCUUUUCCCCUAAGAUUUUUUUGUUGUUGUUUCCGUUGGACUUUGGAUGCUCUGUCAUGCUUCAAACUGUUAUGUUGUUAGACAGCUAACCUUGUUUCAGAGCUCAGCAUGAAUAGCAUAGGGAUCAUCCUAUAAUGAGCAUGUAGAAGUAUAUUUGUUCAUUUGAAAAUCUAAAUUGAGAACUCACACAAUAAUGCUUUUUGCACUCUUAUUUUUUUUUGUAAAAAAAGAAAAUGCAGUUUACAUAAAAAGCAGGUUUUCAGUAAACUGCACAAUUUUAAUAAUUACAAAUUCAAUAAAGACUAUGUUACAAUAAUUUCUGUUGUGUUACAUUUUUACAUUAUCCAUGACAAUAUUUGCUCUAACCUGUUUAUAAUUUUGGAAGUAUGUGCAGGAAACUAUUUUGGAUAGUGCCUAUUAAAUAGCUUAAAAGCGUUGUUACUGCUGAAGGAAAAAUACACACACGUAUACAUAUCUAUAUUUAUUCCCUAGAUCAGGAUAUGGGAAGAGUUGAGAAGAGAAAUGAAAAUUAUAGACCCAAGCAGUCAAACUAGAAAACUAUCUGAGUAAAGAAUUGUCCUAGCUGUGCUAUCGUGGACUAAUAUUUGCAUUUCCUUUCUCGAUUCUCAACAAUGCCUGUUUAUUUCAACAAACCCCAAUUGUGUUCCCCCCCCCCAAUCUCUGAUUGUAACAAAUAAUUUAUUUAAUCAUUAUUGUGUACAAAAUACCUCUCUUGUAGCUUUUUUACUAAAAUGUGAAAUCUUUCAUUUGCAUGUCUAAUACAUUUUUAAAAUGCUCCCAAUUAUGCAAGGGUCAGUGCAUGUAUAUUUUAACUCAUCUCUGAUACGUUUUAUUUUAAGGGAUCAAUAUCUCCUGUGCUGUGUGAAAUCAUUUUGUGAAAAGUGGAUUUCGGACAAAAUGUAUUUCAGCAAUAGCUAUCUUUUUAUUUUAUUUUUUUCUUAAACUUGUCUUAAAGCAAAUAUUUUGAAAAUGCCCUUUAAAGUCAUAUGUCAAAAUGAAUGUGUAAUUAAAUUAUUUUUUUUAUUUCGAUUUGGAACAUACACUUUUCUAUUUCUAUAUACGGUAUGUUGUUUCGUAGCUAUAUAUAUAAAUAUGUCUAUAAAUAUUUAGCGACUGUGUAAGAUAAAAUGAAUUAUAUUGUACCAAAGUACUCAUUCUUUGGGUAGCUACAUCACUAUAGCUAUUUUACAUGUAUAUUUGAAUGUUGAAUUAUACUUUGCAUAUUAUAGUGUCUUAUUAACAAUUUAAGUGCCAGGAAUACGGGCAAAUCGCUCACUACCAAGUUGGCACUCAGGGUUAAAUUACUGCCCCAUACACAAACAGAAACAUUUAUUUUGUAAAUGGUAUUGGUAAAUGGUAAUUGUAUAUAGUUCUACACAAAUAAAUUGCAAACUAUGGUAUUAAACUCCAUCAGUUUAUAGUGCAUUUAAAUAUCUGACUGUACACAUACUAUUAGGUAUAGUAAUUAAAUAAACUUAAAAUAAAUGAACAAACCGAUGAUAUGUCACAUUUCCAUUUAAGUAUUAUUUAAGCAUACAGGGCUUAGCACGUGAUGAGUAUUGAAGUAAAGUAUUGGUUCUACAUGCAAGUCUAAUGUAUUUAGUGCAUAAAGAGGUUGUGUUCACACUCUGAUGUAAGAGGGUUCAUAAAAAAAAAAACUUUCCAUUUAUGUUUUGCCAUUCAUAAUGUGAAGUGUAAAAUUCAAGGGAAAGUCAUUCCUCAUCGUCUGUUUUACAUCAUCUCUUGUCAGAAUUUGUUAAUAUGAUUUAUGUCAGAGAACCAUUUUACAAGGAACCUAGAUCUCCAGUCAUUUAUAAAAGUACUACUUUCUUUUCUAAAUUGUAGGUAUUUGCAUAUCUUUUAUUGCAGUAUGUUUAUGUUGUAUACUGAAGGUACGGCUCUUAAAAAGUGAGAGGGAUGCCAAACUGUUGUUUUAUGACUUGUACACAUAUUGUGCUUUAAUUUUAACAAAAUUACCCCUUUUUGUACACUUGGGAAUCACAUUUAUAUUUGUAGAAAAUAUGUUUGAAGUUUUUUUAUUUUCAAUUUAUUUCAUAAUUGUCACUCCAAAUAAUGUGUUAGUUAUUUUCUGGAAUAUGACAGGUUAAUGUGAAUAUACUAAGAAAGAACAAAUGCAGUUCGGACAAAAUGUCCCUAAUUUGAAUUGUGCUCAAAAUUGUUUUUGUACUGAAAAGAGUGUGAUUAUGUAUCUAUAAAUGGUAAUUUUAUAUCCAUUCCCCCCCCUCCCCCCAAUUUUUUUUUAGUGUUUAGUGUGACUCAUCUUUCUCAUGUUUUCCUG